AUGGCAGACAUCAAAGUCUCUAGCGAUAGCACCGAGGCUGUCACCCCGACCUCAACUGGUGGCGUCGUUUCGUCCCGUCCAACCCAUCAAGGCAACCCCCUGCAACGCAAGUUUACUGCCGACAAAAAGGUGGUAGAUGUUGAGCUGGCCUCGAUAGCUGAUGCAGAGUAUGUGGAUGAAAGAGACUUUCACAAGAAACAGGUAUUCACAGGUUGGAGUCUGGCAUGGCUGUCGUAUCAAUCGCUUGGAGUCAUCUAUGGCGACAUCGGCACCAGUCCCCUAUAUGUCUACUCCUCCACCUUCAGCAGCGAGCCAAGCUACGAGGACGUUCUCGGUGCUGUCUCCUUGAUCAUCUGGGCGCUCACAAUUACGGUCACCAUCAAGUAUGUCUGCAUUGUGCUCAAUGCCGACGAUGAAGGGGAGGGAGGUACCUUUGCCCUGUACUCCCUGAUCUCUCGAUACGCAAACCUAGUCCGCCGCGAUCCUCGUCACAGCAAUAUGGUCCGCAUGCAGCGGCAUGACACCGACGAUCUACAAAAGCCGAAUCUGAUGGCCCGCAAUAUGAUUGAGCGAAGCACCUUCAUGAAGUGGGCAUUCAAGGUGCUCGGUGUUUUUGGCGUAUCACUCCUGCUGGCUGAUGGCGUUUUGACACCGGCUCAGUCAAUCCUGGGAGCGAUUCAAGGCAUCACGGUUGUCAAUCCCGACAUCUCAUCUUCCACCGUCAUUGGCGUCUCUUGUGCAAUUCUAGUCGUCGUCUUCCUCAUCCAGCCGCUCGGGACAAGUAAGAUUGCAAGCACCUUUGCGCCGAUCGUGAUAAUUUGGUUGUUGUUCAACCUGAGUUUUGGGAUCUACAAUCUUGCCAUGUAUGAUGCAUCAGUUCUGAAAGCUUUCUCGCCCUACUUUGCUGGCUCAUUCCUGGUUCGCAACGGCAAUGCAGGCUGGCUGCAGUUGGGUGGCAUCCUUCUUGCUUUCACUGGCGUUGAGACGCUUUUUGCCGAUUUGGGCGCUUUUAGUAAACGAGCAGUGCAAAUAUCCUGGCUGUGUUUCGUCUACCCAUGCCUUCUGAUAGCGUAUAUCGGGCAAGGGGCUCACCUAAGUCGUGUCCCAAGCGCCUAUGCUAAUCCGUUCUAUUUGACUGUGCCACCUGGUAUGCUCUAUCCGAGUCUCGUGGUGGCCAUUCUCGCCUGCAUCGUCGCUAGUCAGGCGGUUAUUACAGGUUCAUUCCAGUUGCUAUCGCAAAUCAUGAAGCUUUCCUACUUCCCUCAGAUCAAGCUGUAUCACACUUCCAAGACGUUCCACGGGCAAGUCUACAUCCCAAUCGCCAACUGGCUGAUGAUGAUCGGCACCGUUAUCGUCACUGCGGUCUAUAAUAAUACAACUGCCCUGGGAGAGGCGUACGGCGCAUGCGUCAUCCUUGUCUCCUUCUUGACCACCUGCAUGGUGUCGGUAGUGGCCCUCAUCGUCUGGAAACUCCCCAUCUACCUCGUCCUCCCCGUCUUCCUCGUCUUUGCCCUCUGGGAUGGCAUGUUCCUCUCCGCCGCGCUGAGCAAAGUGCCCCACGGGGCCUGGUUCACCAUCAUGCUCGGCGUGGCCCUGACCCUCAUCUUCGUGCUCUGGCGAUACGGCAAGGAAGAACAAUGGACAGCCGAAGAAAGCGACAAUGUCCCGCUGUCGCGCACGACCGUCCUCCGCGACAACCAACUCACCCUGCACCCGGACUUCGGCAACUCGGCCAUCACCCCCAUCCGCGGACUGGGCAUCUUCUUCGAUAAAUCCGGCAGCCCCGCCACCACGCCGGCGGUGUUCCUCCACUUCGUCCAGAAAUUCGGCGCCGCGCCGGAGGUAUCCGUAUUCUUCCAUCUCCGGCCCCUCUCUGUCCCGACCGUCGCGCCCGACGAGAGACACGCCGUGAGCCGGUGCUAUACCUACGGCUCCGGGCCCGGAAAGCAGCCAAUCCCCAACUGCUUCCGGCUGAUCGUUCGACACGGCUACACGGACGAGAUCGUCACGCCCGAUCUGGGGGUGUUGGUGCUAGACCAGCUCCGGGAUUUCUUGAUCCGGGAGCGUCUGUCUGGGACCCCGGCUGCGGAUGCAGAACUCGAUGCGCUGCACCAAGCCUGGAAGUCGCAGGUCAUUUAUAUCGUGGGCAAGGAGCAGCUGCGUAUUGCGGCUGAGACGCAUAUCUUGCGACGGGUGGUACUCUGGGUAUUCCUGUGGAUGCGGGAUGCGAGCAGGACGAAGGUGCAGCAACUGAAUGUUCAGGCGGAACGGCUGGUGGAGGUUGGGUUCGUCAAGGACAUGUAG